AUAUUAUACUUAGCACAUUACGCUCGGGUAUAAAUAUGAUAUUAUCGGUAUUUUUAGUUGACUUUGUUGUUGUAGUUAUUAAGCAAGCUAAGCUGAACUAGUAAAAUUUUGUGUACUGCUAUUUUUUGUAUUUAUCAUUCGUUGGAUUUUCCAAUGUCGUACAACAUAUGCAUACAUACAUUUUUACAUUGACAAUAUUUAGAAACCGAAUCAAAAACCUAAUUAAUAUUUAAAUAGUUAUUAAUGCUAUGAAAUUUUAAUACAACAAAAUAUGAAAAUAAAACAUGAAAAUGCUGAAAUACCAGCAGAGCGAGCAUAUAUAAAUACAACAAUAAUUUGGACGCUGGAUUUAGUAAGUUUAUCUACUUUGCACUCACAUACUCAUACGACUGCCUAAUUAAAAUAUGGAUUACUUUGUGCCUUUGCAGUUCGACAAUCGGCCAAUAAUAUUGCCUAUACAGGUAGCGGGUUACAAAUUCAAUUUCCUUUGGCCACUCAAGGAGGAUGCCAGCAUCUUAAGUCGCCUCGUCAACAACAUAUGCCUCGGUGUGAGCGUGCUCUGCUACAUAGGCACUAUUUUGGGCGAGUUUACCUUCAUAGGCGAGAACAUCGGUGACAUACCAGCCGUGGCUGAGUGCCUGUGCACCUCUUUUAUGGGCGUACAAUAUAUAAUACGAAUAUUUGUGCUGCUCAGUAGACAGCGCGCAUUACGAAAACUACUACGAAAUUUUUAUCGUGACAUUUACUUUACGCACGCUGACGAUGCUGCGCUGUGCAAGGAAAUCAACUCGAUAAUACGAUUUAUGAAUAUAUUUACGCAAUUCUACUAUACGCCCAUGGUGCUGAUACUCGCGCUGUACGUGUACGAUGUGGCGAGCGUGGGUCUGGCGUCACCUGACAAACCAUUUAUCUAUCGCAUGUCAUUUCGUUGGUAUGACGCACAAGUGCCGCUGCAAUUCAUCAUCACCGCCAUCUAUUCGGGUUGGUUGACGAUUUCUUGUGUGACAAUAUGGACCGCUGAGGAUUAUACGCUCUGCUUGGUGCUCUGUCAUGCCAGUUUUCGCUAUAAGAAAUUGCGCUUGGAUUUGCAACAGCUCCUGGAGAUGGCACGUGCUGAUCUGAAGGGCGGCGAGACACCUUGUACGAAUCAAAAUUUGCAUACAGCCUUUCGGCGACGUCUCUGUGAAAUUUUUCGACGGCAGCAACGUUUGAAUGGCUUCGUCGUCGAGGCCAAGGCUCAUUUCACCCACCAAAUAUUCUACAUUAUGUCCUUUGGCGUUUUGCUGUUGUGCGUUGUCUCCUUUCAGUUUCAGAGCGGUCCAAUCACUGUGGCAUCGAGCAAAUAUAUUUCCUGGCUAAUUUCGCAAACUGCGCAAUUUUUGUUAAUUGGCUAUUUCGGUCAAAUGCUGAUGGAUGAGACCACGGAGCUACGAAAUAGCUUCUACUGUUGCCGCUGGGAGGAUUUAUUGGUGCUUGGCGAUCCGCGUAGUAAUAAAUUGUUGUUGGGUGAUGUACAAUUUGCUAUCAUGAAUUCUCAGGAACCUAUCGUUUUCGAUGGCAUGAAAUUUUUUCCACUCACUUACAGUACGGUGAGUGCGGCUCUUCGUUCUGCUGUGUCGUAUUUUAUGUUUCUGAACACUAUGAAUGGAGAGAAUUGAUUUAUAGCAAUAUUUACUAACAUUUGUUGAUUUUGGCCAAAUGCUCUUACUUGACUUGAAAUGCUUUGAGAAAUAAAGUAUAAUAUUAUAUAUACUUGUAUGUACUCGUAUAUUGAAUAAUAGAAGAAAUACAUUACUAUA